CAAAAUUGCCGAAGCUAACAUAUUCUCAAAAGAAGGAGCUUAUUGAGUACUAUAAAAUGUCCCCAAGCCUCUGGGACGUAAAAGCCUCAUCUUACCAUGACAGGGACGCAAGGGAUGCUGCGCUAUCCAGUAUCAUGGCUAGCAUUAAGGAUGAAAAUGGCAAAUCUGUUACCAUUGAUGCUAUAAAACACACAUGGAACAACCUCAAGAGGCAAUACAGAAAGGAAAAGGAAAAGGUGGGGAAGAGCUAUAAGAGUGGGUCAGGGACUGCUGACAUCUACAAACCCACGUGGACUUUUUACGAAAGCCUUUCAUUUCUAAAGGACCAAGGGGUGAUGAGACAGUCAAAGUCAAACAUAUCUUUGGAUGAGAGUUUUACAGGAGAGAGCUUCGCUAGUGGAAGCGAUAUCGAUGAACUUGAAAAUGAAACAGCUGAUGAGGUUGCUCCAGCAGUACAAGUGCCAUCAAAACGUAAGAGGAAAACAACCUCAGAGUCUAAUGAAACAUUUCUCAAGGAUUGCAAGGAGGCAAUUGACAAACUUUGUGCUCCAGAGAAGCAAGAUACGAAUGACUCUUUUGGAAAAUAUGUCGCAGCUGAACUGAGGCUUAUGCCAAACAAUGAAUCCAAUAGGGUCAAAAAUGAAAUUCAAAAUUCAAUUUUUCAGGCGCAGUGUAGGCUUUCCUGCCCAGUGCCAGUGCAACAAACUACCUUUGAGCAACAGGGUUUGACACUGGCAACACUACAACCAUAUCAAUAAACUACAAAACUAUGUAGUUUACUGUCCCAGCAUGCCGAAAACUUAUCAGAUCUUUCAUCUUUCUAUCUAAUUCAAGUUGGACUUAGUUUGUAGUGUGGCCAG